AUGAAUUCAUUGCAAGUAUCUUAUCCACAUGAUGAAUUAUUUAAUAUUGAUUUUAAUGAACGCAUAAAUUCCCUUCAUAUUUCUCUUAUCAGUCAACUAGAAUCAUCACCAAACAAGAAUUUAUCUCUUGAACAAAUAUUUCAUCUUAUUCCAAUUAUAUUUCGAUUUUUUCGUAAAAAUCUUCAAUCACAAGAAAAAUUUUCUAAUGAAUAUAAUAAUCUCUCUAAUACUAUUCAAAAUACGAUUUCGAUUUUUACACAAUAUAUCCAUGAUCGGCAUAAUCAUGAAAAUGAAAUAUUCUUUCUUAAAGAUAAAAUUUCACAACUAAUUGGACAAAUUGGUUAUACACAAUAUUGUUUAGAACAAUAUUGGACAAUUAUUUAUAGUUUAGAACAUGAAAUAGAACGAUUACAAAUCCUUCUUAGUAAUCCACAAGUUUUACAAAUUAAUCUACAAAAAUUUCAAACAUUUCAAGAAAGUCAGAAAAUUCAAUUAGAUCGAUUUAUAAAAGAAAAAGAAAAAUUAAAAGUUUUAAUUAAUAAACAAAAAGAUGCAAUUCAAACCAUACAAACACAAAUUGAAAUAGAUCUAAAAGAAUUACAAACAAUAAAACCACUCUUAGAUAAAAUUAAAUUAGAACAAAAAGAUAUUUAUAAUCAUUGGUUACAAAUAGGUUUGUCAUUAAAAAAAGUCAUGCAUUUAACUAAACAGAAAUUUCUAGAAAAACAAAAUUCAUAUCUUCAAAAUAUUUUUGAAACAACUCAAAAUAUGAAACAUGAAUACAAUGAUCGAAUAAAAACAACACAAGUUCAAUAUGAUCUUGUACAAAAACAGUUUAACGAUUUAAGAAAUACUUAUUAUCAAACUAAUCAAAAUCUAUUAUUAAUUCAAACAAAUGAAACAAAUGUACAGUAA